AUGAUUCUUGCCUGUGAUCCUCCCUUCAAGGGCAACUCACGCCAACACAAACUACAUGAUGAUAAAGGGAAAAUAGUGUCUUUUGGUGGAGAAACAAGAAUUGGUGAUGUUCUUGCUGUCAUUGUUGGGAUUCUGGCAACUCCAACAAUGACUGCUUUAACAUCUAUUCCAGAAGAUUUGGUUUCGGCUGUCAGAACAUGUCUUGCUUAUUCAAUGAAGAGACUGACGAAGAUUCAAAUUCUUGUGAGAGAACCUUUAAUCUGCCAUAAAGUUGCAUUUGUCACCACUGUCUGCAUGAAUAAAACUGGAACCUUAACUAUGGCUUCCAUGGAGUCUUCAUCAUCAUCUCCUAUAAAUUCAACUGAGAAGAUAAUUUUUGAGUGGGCUGUCAAGCAGUUAGGGAUGGAUGUGGAAAGCAUGGCAGAAAGUUGCCUCAGAUGUAUAGCUUUCGCACACAGGAAAACGUUAAUAAGAGAUUUCAUCAUCUUUCAACAGCAGCUGAUUCUAUUAAGCCUUGUUGGAUUGACAAAUUCACGUCGAAGUGGAACAAGGGAAACAAUGGAAGAUUGCCGUAGAGUUGGAAUCAGCAUCAAAUUGAUCACCGAAGAUAACAAAGUAACUGCCACAAUCAUGGCCACUAAGUGCCGAAUAAUUGAGCCUGAUUACCAGCCUGGUGAAAUGAUAGAUGGUGAGGAAUUCCGGAAGUUUAGCUUAGAAGAGCGAAUGGCAAAAAUUGAAAAUAUCUGCGUGCUGGCAAGAGCCACUCCUGAUGACAAGUUACUUAUGGUCCAAUCUUUGAAGCAGAAAGGCCAUGUGGUUGCAUUCAUUGGACGACGCAUUGGAGAUACACAAACCCUUAGAGAAGCAAAUGUAGGACUUUGUUUUGGAACCCAAGAGGCAGAAAUUAUCAAAGCAUGCUCGGCCAUUGUCAUGUCAUGCAAAGUUUUUCCUUUAAUCAUUGAUAUUUUGACAUGGGGUAGGGGACUAUACGACAGUGUCCAUAUUUAUACUCAGUUUUUGCUCAUUGCAAGUUUUGCUGCUCUGGUAAUUGACUUUGUGACGGCUGUUUCAUCUAGCGAACACCCUGGUUUGAAUGCUGUGGUAGCUAUUUCAACAGGAAAAUUUCCAUUUCCGGUGUUUCAACUUUUGUGGAUGAAACUGAUUGCAGGUACUUUAGCAGUUCUUGCACUAAAUAUAGAGAAGUCGUCUCAAGAUCUUAUGCGGAGGCCACCAAGAAACUUGAAAGAGCCGCUAAUCACAGCCCAAAUGCAUAAAAAAAUUGGGCCUCAAGCUUUAUAUCAGAUAGCCAUCUUUCUGGUUAUACAUUUCAAAGGCAAAUCAUUAUUUGAUGUAAAUGAUAAGGAAAAGAAUUCUUUGGUCCUUAGUACAUAA